AUGGGGAGGAAAGGUCAUGGGCAGCUGUUUGUAAUCUUAAUAUCCAACCCCUUUUAUUUAUCUCCCUGUAUUUUAGUAGUUGCUGCUAAUGCCAUUGCUCAAGAAAGACGCAAUCAGAGUGGAUUUAGCUCCCUUCCACCCCAAUCCUCAAAUACAAGAUCAGUAUGUAAACCAGUGCUAGAUGGAUCUGUGCUUAAAAAUGAUAUAAAACAAAAAUUAGCCAAGGAGCGCAGAGAAGAAAAAAGAAGACAACAGGAUGCUACUAAAGAAACACAACUACUUGAAAAAGAAAGAAAGUCCAAGAUCCAGUAUGAAAAACAGAUGGAAGAAAAACAACGAAAGCUGCGUGAACAAAAACAGAAAGAUGAACAGCGAAGACUAUCUGCUGAAGAAAAGCGAAAACAAAAAUUACAGGAAGAAAGGGAGAAAUUCAAAGCUGUUGUCUCUCGUACAUUGGAGCGGAGCAAUCGUAUUGAACAACGUCAAAAAAGAUGGUCAUGGGAAGGCUCUACGACAGUGAACUCUGAAAGUAAAACGGUCAAGAAACGGUCUGUAUCUACUGAAAAACUAGAAGAGGAUACUUCUGGAUCACACAAACAAAUGACACUAUCAUCUCCUGGUGUUCAGAAUUCUAUUGCCAAGAUUCAGCAACUGUACACCAAUCUUUGGGAGAAUGAUUUAAUCAUGCGCCUGAUAGCCCCAACAAAAGCAUCACUAGCCAGGAGCAAAAGUGCUGCUUCAUUAUCAAUCCCUGGAAAAGAUACUCCAGACAUCCACAGCCCUGUAGUACGGUCUACAAACAUGCCCUUGCUUAGCCAUAGCAAUGAUGAAUUGAAGAAUACCACGGUACUUUGCAAGUCAACAGUGGCAGUACCCUUCCAGGAGAAAGUAGAAACAUUCCUCAGGGUGAACCUGGAAACACCUCCUGAGGUGAGUGUGGAAGCAGCCCCCAAGAGGAGUACGGAAGCAGCCCCGGAGGUGAGUGUGGAAGUGGCUCCUGAGGUGAGUGUGGAAGCGCCAUUCAAAGUGAGCAUGGAAGCAGCCCCUGCAGUGAGCAUGGGAGCAUUCCCCAAGAUGAAUGAGAAACCACUUUUAGAGAGCUUGGAAACAUCACCUGAGGGAAGCGAGGACAUGUCCCUCAUGAGCGUGGAUCCAUCUCCUGAGGUGAGCAUGGACUCGUCCUCUGAGGUGAGCUUAGACUCAUCUCCAGAGGUGAGCUUAGAAACAUCUGAGGCACGCAUGGAAAUGUUCCACAAGGUGAACAUGGAAAUGAUUCCUGAAGAAAGCUUAGAAACCGUCCUCGAAGAGAGCAUGGACGUGCCCCCUAAGGCCAAUGUAGAAGCAUCCCCCGAGUCCAAGUCAUGCCCUGAGAUGAAUGUGAGAGACACUCCACAGAAAUCAAACUUUGUAAACAAGAAGCGCACAUCGACACAUACACCAUUGUCUAAAUGGCCAUCUUCUGCAAGCGUAUGGGGUUCACCCUCUCCCAUAAGUGUUAAGCAAAUCCAAAAGAAUUGCCCACCAUCAGUUUCACCGGUUGUGCCAAAACAAUCAGAACAAUCUUCUGUUCCCUGUAAAAUAAUUCCUGUUAAGCAUACCCAACAUACACAAAAGGUAUUAGGUACGAUCAGAAGGAAAAAAAAACGGGCUUCUAAAAAAACCACUAAAAAAAGCUCUGAGGCCAUGAACCAAAAGCAAAUGACCCAUGACGAGUCUGGUAAUAAAAGCACACAAGGGAUUAUGAAUGCUGAGGAGGCAACAAAAAUUUUGUCAGCGAAACGACGCCUUGCUCGUGAACACAAAGAAAAAGAAGAAAAACUACAAAAACAAAUGGAGCAAAGGAAAGAGAAAGAUGUGACAAAGAAAACAUUUGACGGCCAAGAAAGAUUCUCCAAAUUUGACCAUGGACAGCAACAAAAGGCAAGAAAAAAGAAAAAAGGACGUCAGCAUCGAGAUAGCCAGCGAGUUUUAUUACAGAAAGAAGACGCCGAAAUAAAAGCUAAGGAGGAGGAGGCCGACAAAUUCAAGAAGGAGCAGGAAAAAAUUAUGUUGCAGAAUUUACAAGAAAGAUUAGAAAGAAAAAAGAGUAUUGAGGAAAUUAUGAAGCGGACAAGAAAGACAGAUUCGGACACCUCAAAGGAUACACAAACAUCCAGCAGUGACACAUACGAGGAGCAUGAGGCAGAUGAUGAGGAUGAGCCAGAAAGUGAUGAUUCACAUUCUGAUGACUUGCAUCCAUCAGCCUUUACAAAUGGCAUGAAUUCAUCCAUAAAACUCAAGAAAAGAUCUAGAAAUGUGAAGAGAACCCCCAGGCUGCCGCCUUUAGAAGUCAGUUCUGAUGAAGCCUGUACAAAGACAAGAGCAUCUUUUAAAAAUGACAUAAAAAACGUCAGACAAAAAGUGAAAGACCCUUUGGCUCAGGCCAAGGGUAUCAGGCUGUCCAUCAAAAGAAUGACCGACCAAGUAACAAAAACUGAAAAGAUAGUUGAAACCAGCAACACCAUGGUACCAUCCGAAAGUUUACAUUCAGUGUCACAGGAAUGUCUGUGUGAACAGAUACUAGAUAGCACUCGCAAGAUCGAUCCACUCAUUUCUAGCAACCUUCCUGGUAGCCAGAAACACCAUCUGAAAGGUUCCACAACAUUCCACCAAAGUCCCCAGGCAAAAAUAGAAAAAUCUGAUUCUGCUUGAUCAGACAUGUAAACCUCAUGCAGCCUAGAAGAGAAUUUAUCCUUCAUUCUGGGUUUCAACUUCUAGGCUCAUCUCCCCAAAUUACUCCACCUCCAACUUGAACCAAGCAAAGGAAAUAACUAACAAAAGGGAAAACAACAAAAAGUCAUUUUAGCAAGUCUCAGAAGAUGCCCACUCACUUAUGUCAUCUUGAAAUCCACAAGAAAGGGUUCUUAGUAAAAAGUUGUUUUCCUGUAAAAAUCUCCAUUGUAUCUCAUUGUAUUUUCCUGCCAACAUGUGUUUGAGUGUGCAUUGAA